AUGGAAGGAGUGAAUGCCGCCAACCAGCAGAUUCUGCUGCUCACACUUGGCGAAGUGGACAAACGCAUAAAGGAAGCGCUGUACUCGAAUGACGUGGGUUGCCCAGAGACCGUGCUGUAUGAGCUGUCGCAAGCAACUUACCAUGCUGCGUUCAUGGAACGGAUAUCUCAAGCAACUUGGAGUUGUCUUAAGGCUAGCAAUGCACGCGCCAGACGCAUUCAGAAGGCACUGACGCUGCUUACAUACCUUGCACUAAAUGGCGCUGAAGGCUGCGCAAGCGACAUUCUCACCCGCCUCGACGAUAUCACUGAACUGCACGACCGAAAGUUACCGGAGCAUAUGAGAGAUUUAGAGAUCAUCAUUAAGGACAAGGCAAUAAACCUCGUAAGCCUAGUAUGCGACAAGCAGCUGCUAGAAAGGAAACGUAAGGAAGCAGCUUCGCUUCGUUCGCGAUUUGUCGGGGUUGCUUCAAACAACGGCCAUGUGGCGACGCAAAUACUGUACAAACCCAUAUACGCGGUUGAUGCCAAAGAAGGGCUACUUAGUCGGGCAGCUAGUGAGGCAUGGAGAAAGUGGAAUUUGAUGUUCAAUGUCAACAGAGGAAAAGGUAACGGUGGGAAAAUACGGGAAAUUUUCAACCGGAUCAAGAAUGGCCAAAUACGCAAUCAAUGCAGUAAAUCGUCACAGAUAUUGCGUACGCUGGGUACACGUACAGGAUCGGAAUUCUACCCCCCAGAGGGGUGCAACGGUUACACGCCGGGAUUGUACAGAAGCAGCAUGGAGGAACAAGAUCGCCACAGAGAUUGGGCACACCGAAACGAAUCCUCCAGCUCAGACUACGAGGGGAGCACAAGCGAGGAGGGUUCAGAUUCAUCUAUAGACUCUGCGUACAGCAACGUAGAUUCGAUAGCGCGGCACCACAGAAACGACUCCGGUGUAUCAAGUCUUUCUACUGAGAGCGCCAGCCGUAGCGUCUACGAGGAGAGUGGCGCAAUACCCGCACAAAGCAUUAGGUUGCACCGCCAACCCGGUCGCACUGAUAUCAAAGUGGAGAAUUAUAGCCACAAGCGUACAGAUGAUGGUAUUAAAGGGCCGUGGAAAUAUCAAUUGGGGCACCAAAACAAAAUUGUGGAGAAUAUUGAGCGGCUAUCUCUCAACGACGCCCACGAAAACUAUCAACUGAAGGGUAAACCCGUGAUGCUGCAACAAACGAAUAUGUACGACGGUUCAUUUGCACAUCUACAGCGCAAUACGUAUCGCGCAAAUCCCUUCGCGCGCGUAUCGCACUACUGA